GGUUUGGCUCAGGCAAAAUCCUGCGGGUGAUCUUGCAAAGCAAACGUGCCAGAGUUCUCUGAAGACAAAUUUUGCUGUCAGAGCCGACUGCUGGAGAGUGUUUUCAAGGGCUUUUUGAGCUUUUAAAGACUUCACAAAGGCUGAAGUCAUUGGAAAUAUUCAGAUCUGCAGGGGAAAGGAGGGAGCUGUGGGAACAUGAAGGCUCUUUUUGUAGUGCUGAGGGAGAACUUGCUUGGAUACUUUGCUCUUUUGCAGAUAUGCUAUAGGCAGCAAUGGCAGGUGAAGACUGUGUAAGAAAACGCCCAUCUGGCUCCACCACAACCUACAAAAGCCCCGAGAAUGAAGAAACGCAGAGGAGACCUGAUGGCGACAGAUCCUUUCAGAACUCCAGCAAUGGCCGCGUGGACGUGGACCAUGUGAUAACAAGGAAGAUGCAGCUAAUAGCAGAAGCUGAGCAACUGAAGCCUGUUUUCAUGAAGGAGGUGGACAGUCACUUCACAGAGUUUGUGAACAGUUUGGUGGCUAAGUCAGCACUCCUGGAUUCCUCAUCUCCAGCUUCACUCUUCCCAGCUUCCUGCUCUGAGAAGGAGCUACACAAAGCCAAGGCCUUGAGAGCCCCUCCAGAACAUGGGAAGAUCUUCACUGCCAGGAGGUCCCUCUUGGAUGAGCUGUUUGAAGUGAGUCACAUCAGGACUAUCUACCACAUGUUCAUCGCUCUCCUCAUCGUCUUCAUCCUCAGCACGCUUUUAGUUGACUUCAUUGAUGAAGGAAGGCUGGUCCUUGGGUUUGAUCUCUUGGUCUACGUCUUUGGAAAGUUCCCGGUUGUCUUCUGUACUUGGCUAUGCAUGUUCUGUGCCACAGUCACCAUUCCAUACAACCUUUUUGUCUGGUGGGCCCAAGGUUACUGCAGUUCCUCCCAUCGUGUCAUCUACUCUCUCUUCUAUGGGACGUUGUUCACGCUCUUCCAAACCGUUGGGCUUGGGAUUGGGCCAACUUAUGUUGCUGUAUCAUACGCCCUGCCUCCAGCUUCCCGUUUUAUCGUAAUACUGGAACAGGUCCGUCUUGUUAUGAAGGCUCAUUCAUUUGUCCGUGAGAAUGUACCCAGAGUCCUGUCUUCUGUAAAGGAGAAAUCUGGCUCUGUACCCAUUCCUCGAAUUUCUCAAUACUUGUACUUCCUCUUUGCUCCCACACUCAUCUAUAGAGACAACUAUCCCAGGAGUCCUAUGGUAAGAUGGGGCUAUGUAGCUACCAAGUUUGCACAGGUGCUUGGUUCACUUUUUUAUGCCUACUACAUCUUUGUGAGGCUGUGCAUUCCUCAGUUUCACAACAGCAAUCAAGAAACCUUUAAUCUUCGAGGGCUGGUCUUGUGCAUCUUCAACUCAAUUCUGCCAGGGGUGCUGAUUCUUUUCCUGGUCUUCUUUGCUUUCCUUCACUGUUGGCUGAAUGCAUUUGCUGAGAUGAUGCGCUUUGCAGACAGGAUGUUCUACAAGGACUGGUGGAACUCCACGUCCUAUGCAAACUACUACCGAACGUGGAACGUGGUAGUGCACGACUGGCUCUAUUACUAUGCCUACAGGGACUUCCUCUGGUUCUUUGGCAAGAAGUUCAAAGCUGCAGCUAUGCUGUCCGUCUUCACAGUAUCAGCUGCUGUGCAUGAAUAUGUUCUGAGCAUCUGCUUCGGCUUCUUCUACCCAGUUCUCUUUUGCCUGUUCAUGUGCUUUGGAAUGCUCUUUAACUUCAUCCUUAAUGACCGCCGGAAGGGGCCCAUCUGGAACGUGAUCAUGUGGACAUCCCUCUUCCUGGGCCAAGGUGUCAUCAUCUGCCUCUACAGCCAGGAGUGGUACGCCCGCCAGUACUGCCCUGCAGAAAGUCCUACGUUCCUGGACUACUUAAAGCCUCGCUCGUGGUCAUGUCACGUGCAGAUGUGA